AUGUACAAAGCUGGUCCAGAUUAUUGGAAGAGCAUUUCUCAUUCUGAUGAACAAUACUGGAGUGAUGACUUUAAAUUGGCUCUCGUUGUUGGAGGCUUCCCUAACCGGCUGACUAUGAACAAAUCACUGAGAUUUCCAGUGCCUGUGGUCAGUUUUGAUGAAAAAGUUUCGUUUGACAUGGGAAAUCUUUUCAAUCAAGAGUUAAAUGUUUUCGUGACUCCCAAUGACAGCUUCAAAACAAAAUUCAGGGAUAUUUUCAGUGACACAAAAAUAACCCACGUUUCCGGAACUGAAUUGAAAAAGUCGCUUUCAGCCCUUGACAUGAGGUAUUGGCCUCAACAGUUAAAUUUGCCUUUUGGUGCGUAA